GGACAAUGGGGACGGCCCGUCCCAGGCUGCGCUGCGCUGCGCUGCGCUGCUCGCGCGUGGGGCCAGCCCCGCGCCCGUGAGAAGGGAGCGCGAGCUGGGCAGGGUGUUAACCGCGGGGUUCUCUCUCCUUUGCUGCAGUGCCCACUUUCACCGUUGCCUCCUGCUCUUGCUGCUCCCGCUUUCAGCAUGGUAAAGAAGAACACUAUCCCCGACGGAUGGCGGAGUUUGACACCAGUUGGACAGCCCAUACCAGGAACUAGAUUUAUUGCAUUCAAAGUGCCUUUAAAAGGGGCAAUUAACCAGAGACUUACACCAACCCAGAAAUUUACGCCAAAAGAUCUUAUUGCUGGAAUGAAAGCCCUAAAUGUGGAACUUGGAUUAAUUAUCGACUUAACGUAUACCACACGAUACUAUGAAGUUAAGGAUUUACCUAAAAGUGUGCAGUAUAAGAAACUUUAUACUGUUGGACUUGAAGUCCCCGAUAAUGCUACUAUUCUACAAUUCAAAAAAUGGGUCAGAAAGUUUCUGUGGGAAAAUGCAGGAAAUGAUAAACUCAUUGGAGUUCAUUGUACUAAUGGAAUUAAUAGAACUGGAUACCUCAUAUGUAGAUACCUUAUUGAUGUUGAAGGUUGGGAUCCAGAGACGGCAAUUCAAGCUUUUGGUGAAGCUCGAGGCCAUCGUAUGGAUGGUCUUGUAUAUCUUGCAGAUCUCAGAACUCAACCUAUGAGAAGGUAAGCAGAGGCUUUUAAUUUUGUAUUUGAAAAUAUUACUUGCAUUUGCAAUGUUA